CACCCUACCUUCUUGUGGCGCAUGCGCGAAGGCAGCAUUUCCGGGUACGACAUGUAAUAUGAAGAGGCUGGUAUACUAGUGAGGCAUCGUUAGAACGCUUAAAAAACCCCAAUGAUUCCUAUAUGUCCAGUGGUCUCCUUCACCUAUGUGCCCAGCCGGCUUGGUGAAGAUGCCAAAAUGGCUACCGGCAAUUAUUUCGGAUUUACGCAUGGCGCCGCAGCUCAGUACAGCCAGCAGCCAGCUGCAGGGGUAGCAUACACUCACCCCACCACUGUGGCCAGUUACACAGUUCAUCAGGCACCUGUGGCAGCACACACUGUUGCAGCAGCCUAUGCACCCACUGCAGCUGCCGUUGCCGUAGCAAGGCCUGCGCCUGUUGCUGUGGCAGCUGCAACUGCUGCCGCUUAUGGAGGAUACCAACCAACCCACACUACCAAUGAUUAUGGCUACCCACAACGCCAGGCGGAGGUCCCGCCACCCCCUCCACCAGUCACUUCACAGAACUACCAGGACUCUUACUCAUAUGUCCGCUCCACGGCUUCAGCUGUAGCUUAUGACAGUAAGCAGUACUACCAGCAGCCUUCUGUUACAGCAGCUGUUGCUGCUGCACAGCCGCAGCCCAGUGUUGCAGACUCUUACUACCAGACAGGUAUGUUUGCUCCUUAUGCUCUUUAUGCACAUUUCUCAAUGUAUAAUAAUUGUUUGAUCACCCUUGAAAAUGUACAUUCAGCAGUUUCUGCAUGUAAGCUACACACUUGUUUUCUUUGCUGACCAGAGAUGAUUGUU